AUGGCUAUUGUAAAUGAAACUGGGAAACCUGACAUUUUUCUGACUAUGACAUGUAAUCCCAAUUGGCUAGAAAUAACUAAAAAUUUAUUACCAGGACAGCAAGCUGCUGAUAGACCAGAUUUGGUAGCUAGGGUUUUUGAUUUGAAAAAAGAUCAUUUGCUUCAUGUUGUUACAAAAGAAAAUUUUUUCGGAAAAGUAUCAUCUUAUGUUUAUGUUAUUGAAUUUCAAAAAAGAGAAUUGCCACAUAUGCAUUUACUGAUCACACUGGAACAAGGCUUCAAAAUUACUACUCCUGACAUAGUUGAUAAAUUCAUCUCAGCCGAAAUACCAAUUGAGGUGAGAAAUCCACGCUUAUUUGAAAUUGUUUUGAGAACUAUGAUUCAUGGUCCAUGUAGUGACUGGUGUAUGAAAGACGGUAAAUGUUCCAAAAAUUUUCCAAAAGAAUUCCAAGCCACAACUACUAUCGACGAAAAUGGUUAUCCAAGUUAUCGAAGAACAGAUACCGGUGAAGAGUAUGAAUGCCCUAAUGGACACAAAACCGAUAAUAGGUGGGUUGUUCCUCAUUGUCCUGAGCUAUUAGAAAUGUUCGACUGUUAUAUCAACGUGGAAAUUGUUUCCAGUAUCAAAGCUGUUAAAUAUUUAUACAAAUAUAUUUAUAAAGGACACGACGCCGCUACAGUGGUGAUCGGAGAAGCUGAAAAUCAGAACACUAUUGAACACAAUGAGUGUCGCAAUUUUAUUGAAACCCGUUACGUUAGUCCUGUGGAAGCAUGCUACAGAAUUUUCAGUAAACCACUACAACAUAAAAGUCAUUCAGAUACAACAUUACCCAUACAUCUACCUAAUGAACAGGCAGUAAUAAUUACCGAAAAUGAAGAUGAAAUGGCAUUGUUAGCGUGUUUGAACAAUUCAAGUAGCAUAUUACUUGAUUAUUUUACUUUGAAUGCAACUAAUGAUGAAGCAAGACAGUAUUACUACACUGACAUUCCGAAGUAUUUUAGACAUAUAAAGAAGAAAGUUGAUGGGCAAAUGACUUCGUCAUGGGCAGCCAGGAAAAAACAUUCUGAUUGUAUUGGAUGCAUGUAUUCAAUAAGCCCUACACAUAUUGAAUUAUUCCAUUUACGACUGUUGUUAUUACAUGUGAAAGGUGCCACAAAUUACAAUGAUUUGAGAACUGUAGAUAAUAUAUUACAUCCUUCUUUCACAACAGCCUGUCUAGCGUUAGGGAUUAUUGAAGACGACGAGGAAUGGAACAAAGCUAUGAGAGAAGCAGUAACCUGGAUGAUGCCGCGGCGCCUCAGACAUUUAUUCAUUCGUAUAUUGGUUCAUUGUCAACCAAUUUAUCCUGAAAAAUUGUGGGAAGCAUUUAAAGAUUCAAUAUCAGAGGACUUUUCACGUAAUAAUGAUUUGAAUACUAGCUAUCAAGAGGCUUAUGCUGAAAUAAAUAACCUUUUAAUUAAAGAAGGAAGAAGUUUAGUUGACUUUCCGACAAUGAAUCAAAAUGUAAUAGUUGAUAUUCUUAAAAAUAAUGAUGAUGAAGAAAACCGCCGAUUGGAAAUUGGCAAUCAACAAUAUCAGAAAUUAAAUGCAGAACAAAAACAAAUAGUUGAUAUCAUUCUUGAAGCAUCACGUUCACAGAAUUAUGCUGGCUCAACUUGCUUUUAUAUAGAUGGACAAGGGAGUUCUGGAAAAACGUUUGUUUAUACUACAAUUUAUAAUCUUUUAAUGUCAGAGAACAUACAAUGUUCUACGAUGGCAUACACGGGUAUUGCUGCAACAUUACUGCCUAAUGGUAAAACAGUAUAUAAGACUUUUGGUUUACCGGUUCCUAUGUUUCAUGAUUCAUCUUCAAAUAUUAAAAUACAAUCUAACGAAGGCAAACUUCUGAAAAAUGCUAAAGUUUUCAUCUGGGAUGAAGCACCAAUGGCCCCGAGGUAUGCUUUGGAAAUCGCUAACAGAACAUUACAGCAUAUAAUGAACAAUGACCUUCCAUUCGGUGGAAAAAUAAUGAUUCUGGGCGGUGAUUUUAGACAGCUUCUUCUAAUACAAGUUAAUGGAACACGCAUUGGUGAUGGAACGUUGAAUGAUGAAAAUGAUAAUUUACAGCUUCCAGAGCAAAGUGUACUUCCUGCAAAUGAAUGUAUUGUUCAAAAUAUUUUCGGUAACUUAAUUAAAGAUAAGAAAUUUGAUGAUAUCACCCACUGUGCAAUUUUAUCUGCUCGAAAUGCUGAUGUAGAUGAAAUGAACAUGAAAGUUACUAAUCUAUUAGAUAAAAAAACUGAACACAUCUACACUGGUAUAGACAGUACAGAGAACUGCGACAAUGGGGAGAUGCAAGAGAUUCUUCUGCCAGAAUAUCUCAAUUCAUUAAAUCCACCGAACUUUCCGCCUCAUAAAUUACGCCUAAGAAAAUAUUGCAUAGUAAUGUUAAUUAGGAAUAUAAGCAUCAGUGAAGGAUUAUGUAAUGGAACGAGAUUACAAAUAAUUGAUUUUUCAAAACAUUUACUAAAGUGUAAAAUAUUGACUGGAGAUAAAUGUAAUAACAUCAUAUUUCUUAAUAGAAUCACAUUAUAUUGUGAAAAUCUAUAUCCAUUUAUUUUCAAAAGACGUCAAUUUCCUAUUCGAUUAGCUUUUGCUAUGACGAUUAACAAAGCUCAAGGACAAACAUUAAAAACACUUGGAAUCGAUCUUCGGAGAGAUGUUUUCAAUCAUGGUCAACUCUAUGUCGCUAUGUCUAGAGUAAGAUCAUGGGAUUCGUUAAAAAUUUAUCUGGGAAAUCAAAGGCAUAAUUUAUUGGUUAAAAAUUACGUAUACACAGAAUUAUAUUCAAAAAAAUAUCGUUUACUUUCAACUUCAGAUGGAACCUGA